GAAUUUUCUUAGCUCAUGUUUGGCAUUUUUGCAGUGGUUGAUAGUGGUGAUAAUUGGAGCAUGGGACAAAGACAGCUCCUUUGUUUGGGACGGGUGAUGUUGAAGCAUAGCCGGAUUUUGUUCAUGGACGAGGCAACUGCUUCAGUAGACUCACAAACCGACAAUGUUAUUCAAAAGAUCAUCCGGGAAGACUUCUCGGAAUGUACGAUUAUCAGCAUUGCUCACAGAAUACCCACAGUCAUGGACUGUGACAGAGUUUUGGUUAUAGAUGCAGGACUGGCUAAGGAAUUCGACUCACCAACCCGUUUACUUGAACGCCAGUCGCUCUUCGCAGCAUUGGUUCAAGAGUAUGCCAACCGUUCAUCAGGUCUAUAGAAUGUUGCUCCUACCAUUGCUUUUAGGGCCUCAGCAUGCCUAUGCAGAAUGCCAUCGGAGGUGAUUGGUGUUUGAUUCGGUGACUGGAAUGAAGAUUUCACAAGAUAUCCAUUCUUUUUCAGAGUUAAAUGUCCAUAAAUCGCAAAAUUUGAUUCUCUCACAUGUUGGUCUCGAAAGAGAGGUUUGCAGGUGGGCAAUUAUACCAUUUUUAAGAUCUAAGAACAUGAUUUUGUCAUUAUUCUACUUCACUUGAUUACUUUGGAGCAACCUUGUCAAAGAACUGAUAUCGUUAUGCGUAUCUUAGUGCUUGGCUCGA